AUGGCGGCGGUUGCUGCGGCGAUGAGGUGGUGGCUGCUGCUAGUAAUGAGUGCAGAGGUGCUGGGGACCAGCGGCACCCCACAGCCACCUAAUAUCCUACUCCUGCUCAUGGACGAUAUGGGGUGGGGUGACCUGGGAGUAUAUGGAGAGCCUUCCAGAGAGACCCCGAAUUUGGACCGGAUGGCCGCUGAGGGCAUGCUUUUCUCAAACUUCUACACAGCCAACCCCCUGUGCUCACCAUCCAGAGCGGCCCUGCUCACGGGACGUCUGCCCAUCCGCAACGGCUUCUACACCACCAACGCGCAGGCCAGGAACGCCUAUACGCCUCAGGAGAUCGUGGGCGGCAUCCCGGACACCGAGCUCCUCCUGCCCGAGCUGCUGAAGGGGGCCGGCUACGUCAGCAAGAUCGUGGGCAAGUGGCAUCUGGGCCACAGGCCUCGGUUCCACCCCCUGAAGCAUGGAUUUGAUGAGUGGUUUGGAUCCCCCAACUGUCAUUUUGGACCUUAUGACAACAGGGCCAGGCCCAACAUCCCUGUGUACCGGGACUGGGAGAUGGUCGGCAGAUUUUAUGAAGAGUUUCCAAUUAAUCAAAACACUGGAGAAGCCAACCUGACCCAGAUCUACUUGCAGGAAGCCCUGGAUUUCAUUAAGAGGCAGCAGGCGGCUCAGCACCCCUUCUUUCUCUACUGGGCCAUCGACGCCACACACGCGCCCGUUUAUGCUUCUAAGCCUUUCCUGGGCACCAGUCAGCGAGGGCGGUACGGCGACGCUGUCCGGGAGAUCGAUGACAGCGUGGGGAAGAUCCUGAACCUGCUUCGGGACCUGAAGAUCGCGGAGAACACAUUUGUUUUCUUCACAUCUGACAAUGGUGCUGCCCUCAUUUCUGCUCCCAAAGAAGGAGGCAGUAAUGGCCCCUUUCUGUGCGGAAAGCAGACCACAUUUGAAGGUGGGAUGAGGGAGCCUGCGAUUGUGUGGUGGCCCGGGCGCAUCCCUGCAGGCCAGGUGAGCCACCAGCUGGGCAGCAUCAUGGACCUCUUUACCACCAGCCUGUCCCUCGCAGGCCUGGAGCCACCCGGUGACAGGGUGAUUGAUGGCCUUGACCUCCUCCCCGCCAUGCUGCAGGGCCAGCUGAUGGAGAGGCCGAUAUUCUAUUACCGUGGCAACACACUGAUGGCUGUCACCCUGGGCCAGUACAAGGCCCACUUCUGGACCUGGACCAAUUCCUGGGAGGAGUUCAGACAGGGCGUUGAUUUCUGCCCUGGACAGAAUGUCUCAGGAGUCACCACCCACACGCAGGAGGAGCACACGAAGCUGCCCCUCAUCUUCCACCUGGGACGAGACCCAGGAGAGCGGUAUCCCCUCAGCUUUGCCAGCACCGAGUACCUGAACGUCCUUGGCAGGAUCACCCCAGUUGUUCAGCAGCAUCAGGAGGCCUUGGUCCCUGGACAGCCCCAGCUCAAUGUGUGCAACCAGGCAGUCAUGAACUGGGCACCCCCAGGCUGUGAAAAGUUAGGGAAGUGCCUGACGCCCCCGGAGUCUGUUCCUGUGAAGUGCUUCUGGCCCCACUAG